AUGACGGCCAUUGACGGAGAGACACAGCUCCAGCUCCCCUCACGCUAUAGAGUGGAGCCCGGCUCUUGUGAUAUCCCGCUCGGUAUUCUUCCAAAGACAAGCACAAGCACGCCUGAAAACCCCGCGAAUAUCGCCAGCGCCCUGAUCGAGAAGCUCAAUGAUAGCAUUGCGAAAAAAGAUACCACUGGCAUUGCCUCGUUGUUCAUCGAAAACAGUUACUGGCGUGAUCAUCUCUGUCUCUCAUGGGAAUUCCGGACUUUGAAAGGUGCCGAGGCCCUGUCGAAGUUUGCUGUUGAAAGCCCCUCGGCAAUCGAAUUUGAAAUCGAUCACUCUUCGCCGUUUAAGGCACCCCAUACUGGACCCAUUGAUGCCUUUGGUGAGGUCCAUGGGAUUGAGUUCUUUCUCAAGGUGACUACUGGCUUCGGAAACGGUCGGGGCCUUGUGCGACUUGCGCAGCAGGGAGAGGAGUGGAAGAUUUUCACUGUUUUCACGACACUUAGUGAGAUCACUAGCCACGGGGAAUUGGUCAAUGGCCGCAGACCGGUCGGUGUGCAGCAUGGAGCGUAUCAGGGUCGAACGAACUGGCAGGACCGACGUACUGCGGAUGCGGACUAUGAAGGGAGAGAUCCUGCGGUAUUAAUUGUGGGUGCUGGCCAAGGAGGUCUCACGGCAGCCGCACGUCUUAAGAUGCUCAACGUCGAUACCCUAGUCAUUGACCAAGAAGAUCGAAUUGGAGAUAGCUGGCGCCAUCGCUAUCACCAACUAGUGCUCCAUGACCCAGUCUGGUACGACCACAUGCCAUACCUCCCCUUCCCAUCUAACUGGCCGAUCUUCACACCGAAAGAUAAAUUGGCCGAGUUCUUCGAGUCAUAUGUCAAAUUGCUUGAGCUAAACGUCUGGGUCCGGACCGAUCUGAAGUCCACAUCCUGGGAUGAGAAGACGAAGCAAUGGACCGUUGUCGUGCAACGCACUAAAGCAGACGGUUCAACAGAGACACGCACUUUCCAUCCGCGCCACGUAAUCCAGGCCACCGGCCACUCUGGCAAGAAGAAUCUGCCGACCUUCAAGGGAAUGGAAAGCUUCCAAGGCAAUCAAAUCUGCCACAGCUCCGAGUUCCCUGGUGCAAAGGAGGGUUCAAAGGGCAAGAAGGCUAUUGUGGUUGGAUCUUGUAACUCCGGUCACGACAUUGCCCAGGAUUACUAUGAGAAGGGUUAUGAUGUUACGAUGGUGCAGCGGAGCUCGACGUGCAUCGUCUCAUCGAACUCUAUCACCGAGAUUGCCCUCAAGGGCCUUUAUGAUGAAGCGGCCCCGCCCACCGAGGAUGCCGAUACGUAUCUGAUGAGUGUGCCGCCCGAGUUAUUCAAAUUGCAACAGACGAAGGUCACAAAGGCCGUGAAUCUGAAUGAUGCAAAGACGCUUGAAGGGCUGGCGAAGGCCGGCUUCGAGGUUGACCGUGGUCCCAUGGAUUCAGGUCUUAUGAUGAAGUAUUUCCAGCGUGGAGGCGGCUACUAUAUUGAUGUUGGCGGGAGCCAGUUGAUUGUGGAUGGCAAAGUGAAGGUCAAGCAGGGACAAGAGAUCAGCGAGAUUCUGGCGCAUGGAAUUCGGUUCGCGGACGGGUCUGAGCUGGAAGCGGAUGAGAUUGUUUUUGCGACGGGGUACCAAAAUAUGAGGACUCAAGCGCGCAUCAUCUUCGGUGAUGAGGUCGCGGAUCGCGUUGGUGAUGUGUGGGGACUGAAUGGCGAGGGCGAGUUCCGAACCAUGUGGCAGCGCAGCGGACACCCCGGGUUCUGGUUUAUGGGUGGCAAUCUGGCGCUGUGCAGAUACUAUUCGCGUCUUUUGGCACUGCAGAUUAAAGCUCUGGAAGAGGGUAUUUCUACGUAUUAA